GUAGCAAAACUGUAUAUAAGGGAACACUUCAGGUUUAUUUUGUGAUCGAGUCCAAGACCGUGGGCAUCAUAUGGAUAAGCGAAUCACUAUUUUGUGGCUUAAAAAAAGGAUGCAGCUGAAAGAACAGAUGCAUUAUUCUGUGGUUUCCUUUAAGACACACAAAUCACAGAUGCGAAGUGUUUUACAUUGUGGAUAAGCAUAAAGGAGCGUCCAUGGUGUGCAUUAAUCGGCAGUACUUGUGAUGCUCACCGGGAGCUCGUUUCAGUAAAGAUGAUUUGUCUGAAUACUUAACAGAAUGCGACGGGAUUUCUGAAUUCUCAAGACAAUGACCGUGGCAAGAUAAUUGUGCGCUGGGAAGAGUACUGCCUGCAAAGGCAGGAGAAAGGGAAGGGUGUGCAGUUGUGACAAGACCAUUAAAUUCGAUGAAACUCCUAUCAGGCAACAGACCUCCCAGUACUGAGCGUUCAUUCAUUUCAGUAUUUCAGGCAGCACUCCCGAAAAACACAGACUGCUCUUCUCCAGGACUCCUCCUUUUUUUUUACUUUCUCUUCUUGGGUUUAAGAGAAUGCAGUUAUCAAUCGCCUCAGGAUGCAGCCAACCUAAUCUAAAAUCUCUGUUUGCAACAAUAGUACCCUACAGCGCAUGGCUUAGCGUCUUAGGAUAACAGCGUUGGUAUGUGUGUCUCAGGAUGUCGUUUCGGUUGCAGCCUGGACCAAUGAAUACCAGCAAUGAAAUUAAUUCAGUCCGGCAUCAUUGCUACUGACUUGGUAAGAAGACUGUGAAAAGCUCUGGCUGUAGAAUGCGGUAUGAUUGAACUCUGCUGCAGGGUCAUCCAGAGGAGGAGGUGGGAUGAUACUGCCAAUAGCCCAGUAUGAAUCUGGCGGGCCUGUGGUUAACUCGUUCCCUCUCCAUGUGUCUGCUGUUACAAAGCUUUGUCCUCAUGAUACUGUGCUUUCAUUCAGCCAGUAUGUGUCCCAAGGGCUGCACGUGCUCACACUCUGGUGGAUUAAAUGUCAGCUGCAGCAACGCCAACCUCAAGGAGAUUCCCAAGGAUCUCCCGCCUGACACCACUCUUCUCAGCCUAGACUCCAAUCGGAUCACGUCCAUUCCCGAUGGAAUCUUCAAGGAUCUGCACCAGCUCAGAGAGCUCAACCUUUCCAAAAAUAUCAUUGAGUCCGUGGGCGAACACGCAUUUAAAGGGCUGGAGGAAACCUUGCAAGCACUCGAUCUCUCGUAUAAUAAGAUAACGACAGUGCACAAGAAUGCUUUUGCUAGCCUGAAGGCCAAAGCCCAUAUUGGGAACAACCCCUGGCAUUGCGACUGCACCCUACAGCAGGUUUUGAAAAACAUGGUGUACAAUCACGAAUCUGCCAGCAGAGUCAUAUGUAAGACCUCUGAGCUGCACGAUCACGCAGGGAGACCGUUCCUCAAGGCCGAUGCUGACCUGUGUAAUCUCACCAAAAGGACUACUGACUACGCCAUGCUGGUCACCAUGUUUGGCUGGUUCACUAUGGUGAUCUCUUAUGUGGUGUAUUACGUGCGCCAAAACCAGGAGGAUGCAAGGAGGCAUCUUGAAUAUUUAAAGUCCCUUCCGAGCAAGCAGAAGAAGCCCGAUGAAACUGAUGACAUUAGCACCGUUGUAUGACAUGACAAACAAACAAGGCAUUAGGGCUGGAAGUACAGUGUGUGAAAGUUCAUAGUUAUCAAGAAAUGCAGGUAAUGGUAAAAUCUGUCAUUGGAAAACAAAGCUCAAAAUGCUGACUUUAAAGAUUGUCCUGAUCCUGACUGAUGUGGCUAACUAUGCUGUAUAAAAAUGCAACUUAGUGUAGCAGGUCAGAAUAGCAAAACUUUUAUGAUUUGGGCAAUUAGACAUUUUAACCAAUAUGAAAUGUGAAUGUUUUAAUAAGAAGAUGUUAAAUGAAAAUUGAAUGAUAAAAUCCAUAAUACCCAUUUCUGUAUUUGCUAAGCAGAAAUGUUUACAUGCUGCCGAUUCUGCAAAUAUCUGUCCAACAACUGAAGGUUGAUGGGGAAAAAAGCUGAGUUUUGAAUUGAUCUGACAUUUUUGUGAUCUCACACAGUGACCUUUGUGUUGCAAUGGUUUGCUCUAAAGCUUUUGAGGUGAUAAUGAAUUAUUGGGCCUAAUCUCAGUUGGUUAUGUUAGAAAUUAAUGCUAUUGAUAAGAUUAAAAUAAGAAAGGAAUAGAAGGAAAAUAAAGUAAAUGCAUUUUACGUAUGUAUAACUUGAAUGGAGAUUCAAAGACUGGUGCUUUGACAAAUGUGAAACCAAUCGGGCAAUAGUGAAUGAAUUGUGAAGAAUUUGGGAAAAAUGAAACUCAGGUUAAGAUCCCUUACAGUGACCUGUUUUUAAAUGGUAGUAGCAGUCUUGCUUUCACUGGUGUUUAACUGUUAGAAAACAGAUCACUGUUUUUUCUCGUGUUAUUUUGUAUGAAGAACCUUUGGCUUAAGACUGUUGUGAAUUUUAUUUGGGGGGAAUAGACAAGCAGAAAGUCGCUCACAGGUUAGGUUUGCUGCACAGAUUUGAAAUGCAUUUCAAAAAUUCAAAUAUAUUCGUUGAAGGUCUCACAUAAUUUUACCUUAUGAAAUUGCAUAUUUGCUGAUUCAGUGAUUCAAAUAGCUAUUAACCAGAAAAAAAUAUAAUUAAAAAAAACUAGCCAUGUAAUCAUCUUUACUUCCAGUAUUACUCAACAAUGCUUGUUUUAUGCUAGAAAUUGAACACAUUAAAAACUCUUCUAGAUAUUCUUAUGCCAAAGUAGACUCUCUGAAUGUUUAUAAGGGGUAUAAGAAUAAGGGGUACCAGAGAAACAUCAUAUUUUGAAACGCUUCAACUAAAAGAGAUGAAGGGUAAAGAGAGCAAGAAAAGAUUACGUUUUUUUAAACCUUUUCAAUCAUUUGUAUUUUUACUAGAGUAUUUGAAAUCUUAUAUCACUCCAAAUUAGAAAUAAAUAAUAAGAAAUAAGUAGUAAAGAAAUACAUUUAUUUAUAUAAGCAGAAUUUCCGCAGCUAUGAAUAUGACUAGGUGUUUUUCUAAGCAAAUCCGUACGCAUCCACUUAGGCACUUAGUGUUGAAAGUUGAAUGCAGAUGAGAGUCGGCUGAUGUCUUAUGAAACUGAAUCAAAAUUAAUUCUCCUUUAGAAACCUGUAAUUCUAUAGUAACUGGCAUCAUGUCUCAUUUUGGAGUGCUUUGGACUUCAGAGGGGGAAGUGCUAUGAAACUAUUAGUCUUUCCUAAACAUGUCUUUAGAGCAUCAAAACAUUGUGUCAUAUUUGUCCUGCACUUGUCUGGCUUUUAAGGUAGCAGCUCAGUGAUCUUUUCUGAAUGUUACUGAAUGCCCGAAUACAUUAAAAAAGCAAAUAUCAGCUGUUGUUAUGUUAUAGUCCCAAUGUUAAAUCUGACACUCUGUUUAAAAAAAAGUAAAUGUGAUGUUUUUGCAGCUAAUUUGCUCUCCCAGCUGUGAAAUAGACCUGACAGAUUGAAUCUUAAAGCGCAUAAAAUUGGCAUUCCCUAGAACAGGUUAAAUACCCUGAGAAGAGUAUGAUCUCCAAGAUGUAGACCUGUAAAAAUACAGUAUGGUGCACGUCUAGAAAACACAUUUAGUAGUAAAACAAAUAUUUUUCAAAUAGAAGAUCAAGUCAUGAUGUUUGUGUUUAAUUAAAAAAGAAAAGAUUUUUCUCAAUGUCACUGUUGGAAUGUUUCAGACCUGACUCGGUAAAAUAAAGAAGAUCUUCCUAUGCAGUGCGUUAUAAAUGUGAGUAAUCACUUGAUUCCUGUUGGAGGAAUUUUGUGAGAAAAAGAAAAUUGUUCUUCAGCGUCUUUUCCUGUGAUAGUCUCUUGUUCUUCUCUUGUUUUGUUUCCAGUUUCCAUGGUGAACAGUCACUGGAAACAUCUUUGUUACUCUGCUUUGUUGCUAUAAAUGUCUUGAUUUGAAAAAAAAAAGAUAUAAACUAAUAUUAUUUCUUAUAGUUUUUUAAAUUUUUUACCCUUUAAUUUCACAUUACCUCUACUGUUUUUAGUGAUACAGCCCUAAUAGCUACAGUAUUUAUAUUAUAAAGCUAUUUGUUUUGUCAUUUUAAAGCCAUUGAAGAUACCAUAGCAUGUUUUGAACAAUGCGAUAGUAAUGAUUAAAUAUUAAUAAAUGGGAAAUUUAUCGAACACAAGACAACUCAAGGCAUUAUAUAGCAAUUAGAUUUGAUAGAUUUAAAGUCAGUAAAAUACAGUAUAUUUAAGUUAAUAUUUUAUUCCUAAAUAGGUGUCUCUAAGAAAUCAAAUAACUAUCCAAUAUGUGAUGGUUAUUGCACUACACUAUACUAUUUUAAUGAAAUUGAUCAGUUAAUAGCAAAGUAAAUUACUAAACUUUGGAAUUAAUUAAUAAGUAGUAUUUUCCUAUUGUGUGACAUGAUGGAAAUAAAAAAACAUCUAUAAAAUGACCAAUUUUGAAUUUACUGUAGAAGAUUUAUCUAACUGAUAGGGUAAACUACAUGGUCUCCUGAAACAACUAGAUAGUGAAGCAAAAGGCAAAAUGAAGGACGUGACCUGGGGAAACUGAGAAGCACAAAAUAGAGCCAUUGCUAAUUUUAAGUGCCUGAAAUUAUUGUUGUCUGUUGCAUCAAUUCAUCCUCAUUUAACCUGAAGGCAGUCAGUUUCUUCUUUUCCUCAAAGUGAGGUGGGACAGUUUUAUUCUUAAUUUUGAUCAGAUAUAACAUAAGAGCACUGACAGUGUAGCCAGAGAAGGAAGAGUACCGUACCUGUGUGAAUGUUUGUGAUACCACUCUGGGCUUGUCAUGAUCUUCUUUGUAAGAAUUUUGUUUUCUCCCCAGGUUGUGCCUAGCUUGAUCAUACCACAUCUCAGGCAAUGUUAUAAGGCUGUACCUUUUACAUUUUAAAACAUACAGUAACUAAUCUCCUCAAGAGUGAAAGGGCGUUGAAAGCUUCAUGAUUAAGUCAGAACUUCACACAUCGUGCAUGUGUAUGCCAAGAUUACUGGUUCUACACAGAUGGAAGCAAACAGUGUUUGUCUUUUACAUAAAGAGCCAACCAUCACUAUAUCAUUAGAAUAUGUCUUUCACAUUAGAAAAUCAGUUAUAUCAAAGCAUCUCUUUUCAUUUCUUAAUAGACUGAGGUACCUAUUGGGUGGUACAGAUUUGUUCUGCUCUGUCUCCAUUAUUUUUUAGCUACUACAGCAGGUCCCAUAUCCAAAGGUCUGGCAUGUUAAAAGGCUCUUGCAGAUAAACAAGACAAAUAUGUGUCAUUUGUAUUUUUAUAAUAACUCUAUUGAUAAAUACACUGUAAACCUCCAAAACGAAAUGCAUUGUGAAAUAUUAGUGCCCAAUUAAUGGUUAAAGAAGAUUACAUCUGUAACAACACAGCGGGGAUAAUUCACAGGAGAUUCACUGCAGCACACAGCUUGCAAAAGUUGCAUUUCAGACGAAAAAUGAAACAGCUGCAGCUCUGUCAGGAAACACAAUGUCUGGAAGCUGUUACAUUAGCAUAGAAAGUUAAUUAAGUUUCAUAUCAUUAGGUUUUUCCUCAUAGAAAAACCUGGUGGAAGCCUUGUGCUGAAGUAUGCAGUUUAAUUUUCUGUGCCAAUUAAAAUGGCAGCAUUUUGCUUUUGGUUUUUGCUUUCCAGGUAUACCACAUUUACCAUUUUAUUGCUCAAGUGCAGGAUUUGCUUCAUUGUUUUAGUGUCGACAGGCCUAACUCUGAAUUCAAUUGUACAUUCAUGAGGCAUGUUGUAAAGAAAAAGUAAUAAAGAAGAGUGAGCACCCGGA